AUGGUCAGCGUAGGGCUUCCUUCGGGGAACUCUUCCCAUUCUGAGUCUUCAGAGGUUUCUGAAUUGGAGGCUAUUCUUCGAGUUGAUUCCAAAGACAAGUCUGGCAAGAAGAUUAAUGCAAUGAAAAAAAUAAUAGCGAAUAUGUCGAUGGGUUAUAAUAUGAUUUCUCUUUUUCCUGCUAUAAUAAACUGCAUGGAAACCAGCAAUGUUGAUUUGAAGAAAUUGUGUUACCUUUUUCUGAAAAGUUUCGCAAGCAUAAAUCCUUCCGAAGCGACAAAAGCAAUUCCGGUGGUACUCAAAGGUGUACAUUCUUCGAACCCGGUCUUACGUGAUUUUUCUUUGAAAACUUUGACUUCAGUUCAUAUUAAAAAUUUUUGGGUUGCUUCGCUUGAUCCAGUUAUUCGAUUACUGGAUGAUAUCGAUCCCUAUGUGCGAAAAACAGCCGUUAUGGGAGUUGCCAGACUCUAUUCUUAUGACCGAAAGAUAGUUGAAUCGUCAGGAUUAAUAAAAAAUUUAAGAGAAAUGCUAAAUGAUGAGUCUUCUCUUGUUGUUACAAAUGCUUUAGCCGUCCUUAUUUCUAUCGUUCAGUCUUCAGAUGUCUUUAAGCUUACUCUCACUAAAGAGGUUACAUCAAAAAUAGUGGACUGCUUGAAUGAUUGCACAGAAUGGCUACAAACCAUUAUUUUCGAUUCUCUUAUAUAUUAUGUUCCACAACAGCCUGGAGAAGCCGAAAGCUUUGCUGAACGGAUAUCACCUUGGCUUCAGCAUGGAAACACAGCAGUUUGCAUGGGGACUAUAAAAGCAACACUUUACUAUAUAAAUUAUAUGACUGAUGAGGUUCUUAUUAAAGAUCAUCUUAGAAAGGUUGUUCCACCUUUGGUAACUUUAUUAGCUAGGAAACCUUCAGCGACUCAAUAUGUUCUUUUACGCAAUGUGGAAAUAAUACUGGACGCAUAUCCAGAGAUUUUUCAGUCAGAUUUACAUUUUUUCUUUUGUCAUUUUGAUGAUCCUGCAAAUGUUAAACUAGAAAAAUUCAGUAUAUUGUCGAAACUAGCAAAUGAGGAGAAUCUUGAUCAUAUUCUACCAGAGUUCAUGGAAUAUGCUUCAGAGGUUGACAUUGAAUUGUCAAGAAAAUCUGUUCGGUAUAUAGGUCAUUUGGCUGUAAAGAUUGAAAGCCGAGCAGAUGACUGUGUUGACUGUCUUGUUAAAUUAAUUGAUACAAAAAUAUCCUAUGUGGUACAAGAGGCUGUGAUCGUCAGUAGGGAUAUAUUAAGAAAAUAUCCUUCUCGUUAUAAACACUUGCUUUCCAUUUUAUUGAAGAAUAUGGAGUUUUUCGAUGAGGCAGAAGCAAAGUCAGCUUUUAUAUGGUUACUUGGUCACUAUGCUGAGUCAAUUGAAGACUCGCGCAUGUUAAUGGGGGAGUACGUAGAAGGGUUCUUAUAUGAACCUUUAGAAUUGCAGUUGACUAUAUUGACGGCGGCUACCAAGCUAUUUCUGAAGAUGCCUGCUGCUGGUUUAGAAAUGGUCACCAAAGUUUUGCAACUAUGUACUGAGGAAAUACAAGAUCCGGAUUUGCGCGACCGAGGCAUCAUAUAUUCUCGAAUGCUAUCAACAAAUCCAGAUUUCGCAAGGAAGGUAAUUUUGACGAAUGCACCUCCGGUGGAUGUGGAAGCCAACGCAUAUGACCCAGAAAUGAGUGAGCAGCUUUUACUAAACGUAGGUACUCUUGCGUCUGUUUAUCAUAAGCCACCUAAUCGGUUUGCACGGGGCUAUUUCCCUCAAUAUUUAGAACCAAGCCCUGUUUUACGAGAGAAAGCCAAUUCAGCUGUAAAUUCCGCCGACGAUCUACAAUUGGAUUAUGACCUACCCUCGUCAGGAAAUAUGACUGAAGAUUACGCAUCGAAAAGCGAAAGCAAUGUUGAUUCUGGAGAACUGUGGAGUCAAACGCCUGUUAGUGAACAUGGACCAACUCCACAAACCGAAUAUGUGUCAAAUAUUCAGUUCUUGGCAGAAAUGGAAAACCAAGAUGUACCUAUGAUUUCUAAAGAUUUAAUGAAUUAUUAG